GCCAAUCAGCUUCAGCAGCGGGACUCACGAAACACCAAUGAGCGGCUGUCUAGCUGCUGCGGGGUCAGCUUUGGGCGGAAGUGGGUUUAUAGACCCAGACGAGCGAGAUGGGGGUGAAGCUGGAGGUGUUUCGGAUGACACUCUACCUCACUUUCCCUGUGGCUAUGUUCUGGAUUUCCAAUCAGGCUGAGUGGUUUGAGGACUAUGUCAUACAGCGCAAGAGGGAGCUGUGGCCACCUGAGAAGGAGAGCCAGCGUCAAGAGCUAGAAGAAUUCAAAGAGAGGAUACGGAAGCAGCGGGAGGAGAAACUCCUUCGCGCUGCCCAGCAGAGCUCCUGAGGCCUCCAAAUGCUUGAGUCCCAACCCCUCCACCCAUGAAAUAACACAUACUCAGUUCCUUGUU